ACAGGCCUGCCCAGUGCCAGCCAGCCAGCCGCGCUCCAGCAAGCCCCUGGGCGUUUUGCGUUUUCUGUUGGGUGGGGUCGCAUCACUCUCGCAUCCACAACCGCACCAACACCCGAUACAUCUGCCCGAUCGUCCUGCACGCUAUGGCCGCCGUCUUUACUCGACUGAGAGCCUCUGCCCUCGCCCACAAGAGCCUCUUUGCUGGCCAGGCUCGUCUUGCCAGCACUCGGCCUUCGGCUGCUGGUUCCGCGGCCACGAACCUGAACGGAUCCGGGCCAGUCUACUCCGUGAUGGCUGGUGCGGGCCUGGGUCUCGGUGCCUUUUACUACGCAUAUUUCAACGGGUUCCUCCCCGAGCACUCGGUCGCGAAGGGACGGCUUGGACUCUCGCCGCUGGCCAAGGACGUUAGCGUCGUUUUCGUCCUGGGAGGUCCCGGUGCCGGGAAGGGAACCCAGUGCGCCAGAAUCGUUGAGGAGUUUGGCUUUGUUCAUCUCUCAGCCGGCGACCUCCUCCGUGCUGAGCGCCAGCGUGCCGGCUCCCCGUAUGGCGAGCUCAUCAACAACUACAUCAAGGAGGGCCAGAUUGUCCCCAUGGAGAUCACCAUUGCCCUGCUGCACCAGGCCAUGAAGGAGAGCGGCUCGAAGCGAUUCUUGAUCGACGGAUUCCCGCGCGCUCUCGACCAAGCCCAGUGCUUCGAGGACGAGGUCUGCAAGAGCCAGUUUACGCUCUACUUUGACUGCCCCGACGAGGAGAUGCUCAGGCGCCUGCUGAAGCGAGGCGAGAGUAGCGGACGUGUCGACGACAACAUCGAGUCGAUCAAGAAGCGUUUCGUCACUUUCCACGAAACCAGCUACCCAGUCGUGGAGUAUUACUCCAAGAUGAACAAAGUCAAGACGGUCUCAUGCUUGAACCCCGUCGACAAGGUCUAUGAGCAGACACGGUCCCACUUUCUCCAUUUGUAAUGACGCCGCCAAGCCGGUUGUUCCCGCGGCGGCAAGACAUCUGAUCCAAUCGAACGCGGGUGGAUCGGACUUGACGGCAGCGGAGGGACCUGCCGUCUCGAUUGAAGUAGUCACUGCGUGAUAUGAUGGCAGGGCACUGCAGCUCGAGGAGUGCCCACCGAAAGUGGAUGCACGCAAAUAGAGGAUAUUGCAGUACCCUGUGCUGGUGAUCAGCGGCCGCCCUCGUUCUCCUCGCGAAUC